UUCUCCUCUCCCGGGUCGUGUCUGAGUAACGCAACCGGAGCUUUUCCCCUCACCGCCCUCCACCCACACACACACCCGGGUCCCCCGGCCCGCAGACCCCGCCAGCGCACCCAUGACCCGGCGGAUUUAACGCGCGGAGGCCGCCCGGAUCCCCCCGCCAGCCUGAGUCCGCAGUUCGGCCCUCACCCCUCCCUCCCCCGCCCCGCGCCCGCAGACAUGGAGAGUUCCUCGGUGGCGUCGGCGUCGUCGGAGGCGGGCAGCACGCGCUCGCAGGAGAUCGAGGAGCUGGAGCGCUUCAUCGACAGCUACGUGCUGGAGUACCAGGUCCAGGGUCUGCUCAGCGACAAGAACGACAACGAGCCCGACGCUGAAAAAACCCAGUCCAAAAUCUCCCAGUGGACGGAGGACUGCAGUGAUAAAAUAGACGGGAGUUGGUCGUCCUCUCGAGGGCGGGGCUCAUCCAAACCGGACGACUGGGAGCACAGCAGUAAUGGUAGCACAGGUUCCAGACCAAGUUCAGGGUCUCGACCCGGGUCCGGUUCUAGAUCCGGCAGCCAAGGACGAAACAACCAAUUCUGUGCACCAUCCAAGAAUGGAAACAGGGAGGGCUCCUUUGACAUUCUGGGCACUGACAUAUGGGCUGCCAACACAAUGGACUCCCACGGGGGUGCUACGUGGGAUCUGCAACCAGAGAAGCUGGAUUUCUCCCAGUUUCACAGGAAACAGUAUAGAGGAACACCAAAACACCUCCCACACAUCGACCGAGAGGGGAUGAUGAAGGGCAAGUUUGAUGAUGACGGCAUUGACCUGAACGACAUGGAGAAAUUCCUGCCAGGCCUACCAGUAUUCCCGCCGUUGCCUAAUGAAGCUGAGAUCGCACACACCAAAAAGCUUUUUCGCCGGCGCCGCAACGACCGCCGACAUGCCGACCCGCCGCAGGACCAGCUGACCGUGCUGCUGCCCGCUGAGGGGAAACGGCAAGUGUCCAGAAAACAACAGCGCCCCCCUGGUGGUGGAGGUGGAGGAGGGAAACCCCACAAUUCUCAGCAACAACAACCACAGCAGCAGCAGCAGCAACCACAGCAACCACCCCCACAACACUCGCAACACCAACAACAUCAACAGCAGCAGCAACAACAGCAGCAGACAACCAAUCAAACACAGCAGCUCGGCCCCGACCACCAAUCAGAAGGAAGCAAUGCCAAACACGGUGGGCGGGGCUUCCAGCAGGGCCGCGGGUCACACCACGGCUACAGCCAGAACCGGCGCUGGCACCAGCACCACAAACAGCAGGCUAACUCCGGACCGGGCCCACGCAACACCAAAGAGACAGAGGGAGGCAGAGGAGACGAGCAGGACGUCGGGACGGACAGAGCGAGGGACGGUCCUGCAGAAAAGAACAGCAGGAAGGAGAGCAGGACGGAGGGAGGGAAGGUCAGCCUGCUGCAGUCCUCCAAAGAGAGGCUGAGGAGGAGACUGAAGGAGAAAGAGGAAAUCCCGGUGGCUACAAUGGGGCCGCAGAGGAACCGCAUGGACAAGCUGCUGGAGAUCCUGAACAGCAUGAGGAGUAACAGCAGCGGGGUGGAGGGCCAGCUCACCUCCUUCAUGGAGGAGGCGCAGAACUCGGCCGACUCAGAGGAGACGCUCUGCCAGAUCGUUCAGACCAUCUACAGCAAAGCCGUCAGCGACCGCAGCUUCGCCGCCACCGCCGCCAAACUCUGCGACAAGAUGGCGCUGUUCAUGGUGGAGGGAACCAAGUUCCGCUCACUGCUGCUUAACAUGUUACAGCGGGACUUCACCCGGAGGGAGGAGCUGCAGCAGCAGGAUGUGGAGUGCUGGCUGGGCUUCAUCACCUUCCUGUGUGAGGUGUUCAGCACCAUGAGGAGCAGCACCGGAGAACCAUUCAGAGUGCUGGUGUGCCCCAUCUACACCUGCCUCAGAGAGUUGCUGGAGUCGCCGGAAGUGAAGGAAGACGCCGUCCUCUGCUGCUCUAUGGAGCUGCAGAGCGCAGGCCGUCUGCUGGAGGAGCAGCUGCCGGAGACGAUGACGGAGUUGUUGGCGGCGGUCAGGGAUAAGAUGCUGUGUCCGUCUGAGUCUCAGCUCACGCGCUCGCUGCUGAUGGAGGUGAUCGAGCUCCACGCUCAUCACUGGAGCCCACUGGAGGCCCUGACCACUCAGUACUACAACAGGACCAUCCAGAAAUUAACCGCCUGACACUAAAACACACACAUAUAUAAAUAUAUAUUCCUCCACUACAGUGAGGAGGAGGAGAAGCAGGAGGAGGAGGAAGUUCUGCUACAAAAAAAAAAAGAGGGCUGGACCUGGAUGUAUGAGGAUGAGAGAAGGAAGGAAGGAUGGAAGGAUGGAUAGAUGGAUAGUCAAAGUUCCUUCUUGCCCUGAAAGGAUGGAUAGACGGAAAAAUGGUUGGGAUGGAUGAAUAGAUGAGUUUUUUCUGUGUCCGUGCCGUGCUUGACCACAGCUUGAAGUUCAUUCCUGCUUAUGGAUGGAUGGACAAAUUGAGGAUGUGAGGAUGUGAUUGGCCGCUGCUUGAGGUUUCUUGCAGCAGUGGAUAAGUAGAUAAAUGAUGGAUGGAUGGAUGGAUGGAUGAAUGCAGGGGUUGGCCUAGGGUUGGAGGGUGAAAGGCUAAUGAUAUGCAGAUUUUAAUGAAUAUGUAUGCCCUCCACGUCUGCAUGUUAAUGAUCCAGACAUAAAACCAGACGGCUUUUACAUUAACAAACAUACAGAAAUGCCACAUCCAUAAACAUGAGCAAACACAAAUAAAGAGCCUUCAUUUCAGACAGACGCUUCCGAGAGCAUCAGGAAGAGGCUUGGGGCAGAGCGUACGCACAUAUACACACGUAUACACACAUAUAUCAUCACCGUCAUGCUUAAAUAUAUGUUAAUAUUUGGUAACAUUUUUUUUUUUUUAGGUGCCAUGGUAAAAUAAGGCAACUAAUUCUUCUAAACGGUUUAAAAUCUAAUUAUUAAUGGUUUUUAAAUGGUUUUUAUUUGGGUUAUAAAUACUUUAUAUUACAAAUUAUUAUAUAAACACAAAAUGUUCAAUAGUGAUCUGUUGUCUCCCAAAUAUUAAUUAAUCUAUAUUUAAUCAUUAAAAUUAAUUUUUAGCUUAAUAGCUGACAUUCAUUAUAGUAUAACUGCGAUGGUAUAAAUGAUUAUUAAUAACUUGUUAAGAACUUAUAACCCAAUUUAUAUAUUAUGAAUCUAAUAGUUGUUCCUUACACUGUAUCAAAUGUUAUUGAUGAAUAGACCAAUAGAAAUGCUCCAAAAUGGCUUUGAACACUUUAUGUAUUUAUUUACUUGUUUUACAUAUAUUUACAUGAAAAUUACGAAUAUUGUCCUGCAAAUUUGCAAAAAAAAAAACAUUUUUGGAGAUCUGAGGUUUUUGCAUGACAACCAGUGCUGUGUAUUGGUAAGAACAUGACAGAGCGAUAUGCAAGGCAAUAUAUUUCUAUUUUUAAAUCAAUUUUUUUUU